CGCGGGGGACCCGGAAGUAGACGUACCUCACGGAAGCCGGCUUUGGCCCUGCGGCUGCUGCCGUCGCCGCGGAGAAACUGUUGGAGCUGGCGGCCUAGGAAUGCAUCUCCUCCCAGCCUUUAAGCUCGCCUUCUCUGAGUCCUUGGAUGAGCCCGUGGGACCCUUCCUCCUAGCCCAGUGGUUUGGAGCCGGUGGCUUUGGGACUGUAAGAGGAUGGACAAAGAUUCUCAGGGGCUGCUAGAUUCCUCCCUGAUGGCAUCGGGCACUGCUAGCCGCUCGGAGGACGAGGAGUCACUGGCAGGGCAGAAGCGGGCUUCCUCCCAGGCCCUGGGCACCAUUCCUAAACGGAGAAGCUCUUCCAGGUUCAUCAAGAGGAAGAAGUUUGAUGAUGAGCUGGUGGAGAGCAGCCUGGCUAAGUCCUCCACGCGGGCGAAAGGGGCCAGUGGGGUGGAACCAGGGCGCUGUUCAGGGAGCGAGCCCUCCUCCAGUGAGAAGAAAAAGGUGUCCAAGGCACCCAGCACUCCUGUUCCUCCCAGCCCUGCCCCAGCGCCUGGGCUCACCAAGCGUGUGAAGAAAAGCAAACAGCCACUUCAGGUGACCAAGGAUCUGGGCCGCUGGAAGCCUGCGGAUGAUCUCCUGCUUAUCAAUGCGGUGUUACAGACCAAUGACCUGACGUCUGUCCACCUGGGUGUGAAGUUUAGCUGCCGCUUCACCCUUCGGGAAGUCCAGGAGCGCUGGUACGCCCUGCUGUACGACCCUGUCAUCUCCAAGCUGGCCUGCCAGGCCAUGAGGCAGCUGCACCCAGAGGCCAUCGCCACCAUCCAGAGUAAGGCCCUGUUCAGCAAGGCUGAGGAACAGCUGCUGAGCAAGGUGGGAUCGACCAGCCAGCCCACCCUGGAGACCUUCCAGGACCUGCUACACCGACACCCCGAUGCCUUCUACCUGGCCCGUACUGCCAAGGCUCUGCAGGCCCACUGGCAGCUCAUGAAGCAGUAUUACUUGCUGGAGGACCAGACAGUGCAGCCGCUGCCCAAGGGGGACCAAGUGCUGAACUUUUCUGACGCCGAGGACCUGAUUGAUGACAGUAAGCUCAAGGACAUGCGAGACGAGGUCCUGGAACACGAGUUGACAGUUGCCGACCGGCGCCAGAAGCGGGAGAUCCGGCAGCUGGAACAGGAGCUGCACAAGUGGCAGGUGCUAGUGGACAGCAUCACAGGCAUGAGCUCUCCAGACUUCGACAACCAGACUCUGGCCGUGCUGCGGGGCCGCAUGGUCCGCUACCUGAUGCGCUCCAGAGAGAUCACCCUGGGCAGAGCCACCAAGGACAACCAGAUUGACGUGGACCUAUCUCUGGAGGGUCCAGCCUGGAAGAUCUCCCGGAAGCAAGGUGUCAUCAAGCUGAAAAACAACGGUGACUUCUUCAUUGCCAAUGAGGGCCGGCGGCCCAUCUACAUCGACGGACGGCCUGUGCUGUGUGGCUCCAAAUGGCGCCUCAGCAACAACUCCGUGGUGGAGAUUGCCAGCCUGCGGUUUGUCUUCCUUAUCAAUCAGGACCUCAUUGCCCUCAUCCGGGCCGAGGCUGCCAAGAUCACACCACAGUGAAGAGUGACGGCAGGAUCUGGGGCUCUUGCUGGCCUCAGUUUCCCCUGCCAGUCCAGCCGCCUUGAACUGGGAGUGCCGGCUCCUGGAGCGAAAACAGAGUGGGCCACGGAGCCCAUUGAUCUGAGCCUUUUGCGGGAGGGCAGGGCGGGGACCCUCCAGCUUCCUUAGAGCCAGAGCAUCCUUCCUCUUCCGCAGCCCUGCAGACCAUCCCCUUCUUUCCCUCUAGACCAGCAUUUCUCAGCCAAGGGCCAUCUAGCCCAGGGUGUCCCGAGGUCGCCACAGGUGAAAAUAGUGUAAAUGGGCCACUGGGACUAGG